UGUUUCUAGAUCCUCCGUUAUUUUUGCUUAAGUGAUGGAAACAUACACUAAAGGAAAAAAAAAGUCGUCCUUGUGUUUUUCAUAUUGUAUGAAAGAAUCCAGAAUGUUGCAAGAAAACACAUCAGACAAUUGUUUAAAUGUAACAACAACAUCUACUGAACAUGGUGCUUUCCAGACAAAAGGCCAUAGCGCAAGAAGCCUUAGCCCAGAAGAAGCUGAGCGACUGGCAAAAGAUCGGGUUUUGGUGUCUGACUUCAAACAACUGAAACUGGAGAAAGAGGCUCAGAAGAACUGGGAUCUGUUUUACAAAAGAAACAGCACCAAUUUCUUUAAAGACAGACAUUGGACAACCAGAGAGUUUCAAGAGCUAAAAGCAUGUCGGGAGUUUGCAGAUCAAAAACUGACCAUUCUGGAAGCAGGCUGUGGGGUUGGGAACUGCUUGUUUCCACUCUUAGAAGAAGAUCUGAAUAUUUUUGCAUAUGCCUGUGAUUUCUCUCCUAGAGCUGUUGAGUAUGUGAAGAAAAAUGCCUUAUAUAGUACUGAAAGGUGUAAAGUGUUCCAGUGUGAUCUUACCAAAGAUGAUCUUCUAGAAAAUAUACCAGCAGAUUCUGUGGAUGUUGUCACACUUAUAUUUGUACUUUCUGCCAUUCAUCCUGACAAAAUGCAUCUUGUCUUGAGGAACGUUUACAAGGUGUUAAAACCAGGCAAGUGUGUCUUGUUCAGAGACUAUGGACUGUACGAUCAUGCAAUGCUCAGGUUUAAAUCUGGCAGCAAACUUGGAGAAAACUUUUACGUUAGACAAGAUGGGACAAGAUCAUAUUUUUUUACUGAAGAGUUCCUGUCUCAGCUUUUCAAGGCUGAGGGAUAUGAGGAAGUGGUCAAUGAAUAUGUGCAGCGAGAAACUGUGAAUAGGAAAGAAGACUUGCGUGUUCCAAGAGUUUUUCUUCAAAGCAAAUUUCAGAAGCCUUUCAGUAAGACAUAA